UAGAGGCCCUUCAUUCGGUUGGAUAUUCUGGGGCACUGGCAAAACCUUUGAUGGCUUCAGAAUCUGCUGUAAACCGGUUGGAUGUUAGCAGCUUGGAGGAAUUUGUUGCUGAACAUUACACUGCUCCCAGGAUGGUUCUUGCAGCAUCAGGAGUUGAUCAUGAUGCGCUGAUUUCAGUUGUAGAACCACUUUUGUCUGACCUUCCGUGCGUGAAACGUCCUGAAGAGCCAAAAUCUGUGUACGUGGGAGGCGACUAUCGCUGCCAAGCAGAUUCUCAAAACACACACAUCGCACUUGCUUUUGAGGUGCCAGGUGGUUGGAAUCAAGAGAAAACCGCAAUGGUUGUGAGCUUCAGCGGGCAACACAACGUCAGUAAAACAAUUGUUACUGGAACUGUACUCCACUGA